AGUUCCCUUUUUUAGACUAUGCCACAGAUUUAUGGCAUUUUCUACCAACACAUAUCAGGGAGGCCAAUAUUUCUACAACCUGAUAUUUUAUCAGCUGCCUCUCUUCCUGUAAACCAGCCUCUGUUUUAAAUGACCUAUUUUUUUUUCAGGUUUUAUUGGCCCUCUAUGGAGUUUGUUUGUCUUUCUUCUUAUCUGUUUUUAUUGAUCUUUGAUGUGAUUUUUGUCCUGCUGUCCUGACUUCGUCAUUCAAAGCACUUAUGAGCUGCAAUCCUUGUAUGAAACGUGCGAUACAAAUACAAUUAUUAUUGUUAUUAUUAUAUUUUCUCACAGUAUGCAGCAGUAGUUCUACAUCCCACGGUGAAAACCACAGAUGUCCAGUAAACAGUGGGCUCAGCGUUUAUUGCAGCUGACCGGAAGCUGCAUCUCCCCCGUUCCUCGGAAAUUGACCGCACAGCUCCUGCAGAAGAAGAGAGACACACGACAGACCUCCAGGAUGCUUCAUAUGAAGGUCAACCAGUGCCUCAACUUUCAGUCUGGUGCCUUCACUGUCUUGGUUAUUUACGUCGCCCUGAUACACACAUGUGAGUCUCAGGUGAUUGGUCCAUCUCAGCCAAUAGUGGCAACAGUUGGUGAUGAUGUCAUUUUUCCGUGCCACCUGCAAUCUGCCAUGAAUGCCUUUGACAUGACAGUGGAGUGGGCGCGACGUGACCUGAACCCCAGAUUUGUCUUUGUGUGGCGCGACGGAGUGGAGCUGCAGAGUAAAAAGAAUCCGUCCUACGAGGGAAGAACAUCGGUGUUCACGGAGGAACUGAAACACGGAAACCUUUCACUGAAACUCUCCAAAGUGAAACCUUCUGAUGAGGGAACAUACAGAUGCUUUGUUCCACAAUUAGGUGAAUCCUCUGUUAGGCUUGUUGUUGGUUCUGUCUCCUCACCUGUCAUAAAUAUGAUCAUAAACAGCAGUGGGGUGUUACAGUGUGAGUCUAAAGGCUGGUAUCCAGAGCCUGAGGUGUUUUGGUUGGACGGUGAGGGAAACCUCCUCUCUGCUGGACCUACAGAGACAGUCAGAGGUCCUGAUGACCUCUAUACUGUCAGCAGCAGAGUGACUGUAGAGAAGAGACACAACAACAGCGUCACCUGUAGAGUCCAACAGAAGAACAUCAGCCAGACCAGAGAGACACACAUUAUUGUUCCAGAUGAUUUCUUCCAGGUCCAGGGCCGGUCUGGUUCUAGUUCCAGCUCUAGUUCGUCUGUUCCUGCCAUCGUUGGUGUGAUUGUUGGGUUCAUCUUAAUUCUUGCAGUUGUCUUUGUCGUGUGGAAAUGGAAACAAAACAAACUCAAGAACAAGAAACACCACGAGGAUGAAGAAACACAGAGAGUGAGAGAGAAGAGCGACGAUCCAGAACAAGAAUCCCUGAUAAAGAGAGAAACAGUGGACAAGAAGAUCAAACCCUUAAGUGUAGAAACAAGACUUCAAUGUGAAACAGAGGAAGAAACAAACCAAAGAGAAACUAACAAUGUUCUUGUUCAGAGACAAGAAGGAACGCUGCAACAAUCUGUUCAUGAAGGAACAAACCUUCUUGUUCCAGUAAAAGUAGAACCAGACCAACGACUGGAAGAAGGAGGGACAGAAACUGGUUUGGACAAGACAGAAGAAGAGACAAACAAUAAACCAACAAGUGAAGAAGCAGGAGUUCCUGGUCCAGCAGAGAGAGAAACACAACAAGAGAAGUUCACUGAAGAAGAAAGGCUCCAACAGCAGGUCACAGUUGGAGAAGAAGCAGUGACAAACCUGGAGAACAGAGAAGAAGAGAGAAGAUCUAUAAAUAAUAAACCAGAAGAUCAAGUUUUGAGGGACGAAAAAAGAGACCAAGAGCAGCUGAUGGAAGACAGACAGCAAGCAAAUAAUCUUGAAAAGAAAGAAGGAGAGAAGAAAAUAAAAUCUACAGGUGAUGAAACAGAGAAAGAGAAAGAAAAACAUGGAGAGACAGAACUGGACAAAGAG